AUGGGGCUUGAAAGGAUUGAAGUUGAGAAUUUCAAAUCGUAUCUUGGAGUGCACGUGAUAGGGCCGUUUGACCGGUUUACCUGCAUUGUCGGGCCAAAUGGGUCUGGAAAGAGCAAUGUCAUGGAUGCAGUGAUGUUCUGCCUUGGGGUUGGGAGUAGAUACCUUCGAGGCAGUAGUGCCCGAAGCCUGAUCAACAGCAAGUGCAACCACUGCAGUGUGACGCUCUACAUUGAGGGCUGUGGAGAGAGGAGGAGCUUCCAGAGGCAUGUCAACUGGGAAGGCCGCAGCUCUUACUUUGUCGACUCUGAGAAUGCCAGCUACGAGAGAUUUAAGGAAGUUGUUGAGGGGAUGAACCUGCUGGUUGAUGCUCGAAACUUCUUGGUGUUCCAAGGAGAUGUCGGUGUGAUAGGAGGGAUGAUGCCUAUGGAGCUUUCGAGGCUGUUUGAGGAGAUGAGCGGAAGUGUGAAGCUGAAGGACGUCUAUGAGGAGAAGCAGAGGGUGCAGGCGAGGGCUGUGAGCGAGUGUGCCUCGCUGUUUGAGGAGAAAAAGGAAGUGAUGAGCAGGAUGAAGGAGGCUGAGGAGGCCAGAGCGCAGGAGGAUGUGUUCCGGAAGCUUAUUGAACGGAAGCACCGGAUUCAGGAAGAGAUGGUUCUCCAUGAGAUUCAGAUUCGGAAGGCCAGGAGGAAGGAUGCGGACGACGAGGUGUCGAGGCUAGAGGCGGAGAGCCGAAGAAUGCAGGAGUUUAUGGAUGACAAGGAGAGAGAGGUUGAGGUGUACAGAGGGAAGAUAAGCGAGAUGAGAAGAGAGUAUUUUGAGGUUGAUGCUCAUCUGUCUCGACAGAGGGAGAUGCUGGCUGAGAGAAGGGCGCGGAAGUACGAGGUCGAGCAGGAAAGGGACAAGAGAAGGGCUCGGGCUGUGGAGAUUGAGAUGGAGAUUAGAGGCAAGAAAGAUGCGGCAGAUGCUAAGAGGCAAGAGAUUGAGAGGAGAAGAAAAGAGGUUGAGGCUGUUGACGGCGGAUAUGAAGAAAUGUGCAAAGAAGAGGAGAGGAGACGUCGGCGUCUUCAGGGAAUUGAAGAGAAGAAGGAUGUGAUUGAAGAGAAGGAGAGGGAGUUUCUUCAGGCGUGCGGGGAGGACUUGGAGGAUCUAAGCGGUUUGGAUCUGGAGAUGUUUUCGAAGAAAAUGCUUCUGGAUGAUUGCAGAGAAAGGAUGGAGAAGCUUGAGGAGAAGGGCUCUGAGCUGCGGCAGAUGGUUGAAGAGAAGAGGAAGGCCAGGAUGAAUGUGCUUGUGAAGAUAGAUGCGCUUGAGAGGUCUGAGAGCGAGUUGUGUGGAAGAAUAUCUCUUCACGAAAGGAGGUACAGAGAGCUUGUUUCCGAAGAGAAACGGAGAAACGAGGAGCUUUCGUGGAUCCUUGGAGAGAUACUGCGGACCAAGGGAAGAAGAAAGAUCGACAGUAGACGCUCUAUGAUCCAGGGGGCUGUUGAGACUCUCAAGGGGAUGUUUCCGGGGGUUUAUGGAAGAGUCGUCGACCUGGUCAAAGCCACUCAGGACAGAUAUGAGAUUGCUCUGUCUGUUCUUCUGGGAAGCCACGACCAGUCGGUUAUUGUUGAUACGGAGAGGACUGCGAUGUCCUGCAUUAACUUUAUUAAGGAGAAGAGGCUAUGCAAGAUGACCUUCCUUCCUAUUGAAAGCAUUCGAGACGGGUCUGAGGGAAGAGGCGCUGGAAAUGCUUCUUGGGAGAUUGAGGAGUAUGGUGGGGCUGUAAGGCGGGCUGUGGAUGCAAUCACAUAUGACGGAAAGUACAGGAAGGUAGUGUCAUUUCUGUUCAGGGAGAAGCUGAUAGCAGACAGUGUUGAGAUAGCUAGGGACAUUUGCUAUGGGAGGGAGAUCAAGGCGAGUGUGUGCGCCCUGGACGGAACUUAUAUCCACGGGGGAGGAUCUCUGAUGAGCGGGGGAGGAGUUGGACGGAACAAAUUCCAGGAGGAUGAGCUGGACGAGCUUAUGGGAAGAAGGAUUCGGGUUCUGGAGGAGCUAAGGAAGAUCCAGGAUGCCAAGGGUGAGGUUUCGCAUGUCGAGAUAUGCAGAGAAAGAAUAGAGAUGUGGAGAAGAAGUAAGGCGCUAGAAAUGGAGGCAUUAAGGGAGCUGGACUCUUGCAUCGAGGAACUGGAACUCCAGCGGACAGAGAAUGGCGGGCUGGUGAAAGAGGCAGAGGAGUCUUUGGAAUGCGUCCUGAGAGAUAUAGGGGUGUCUGAGGGUCGGAUGAAGGAACUGGAAGAGAGGAUCAGGAAGGCAGAGUCUUCUGUGUUCCGUGGGAUAUUUCCAAACGACUACUUUAGGAGCUAUGGAGAGUAUAAGGAAGCGAGGGAGAAUGAGGUGUUUGCAUUGAGGACUAUGGAAUACGAGGGUGUAAAGGCAAAGGCGGAGCUUAGGAUCGAGGUACUGAGACAAGAGAUAGAGGACCUGGAUGAAGAGGUGGAGAGGCUGAGAAGAGAGGCCGAGGAUCUGAACAAGGAGCCUGACGGGGGUUUGGGAGAUGUGGAUGCCAUGUGCAAGGAUCUUGCCUCUCUUGAGGAGAGAAAAAAAAGGAGCCUUGAAACUUUUGAGAAGGCCCGGGAUGAAUUUAAGGAGGUCAAUGAAGAGUUUAGGAGGCUUGUUGAACAGAAAAACAAGCUGGACCAGGGGAUAGUUUCUGGGACAUCCAGUAGGGAGCGUCUUGAAGAGGAGAUAAAGGAUCUCUUGAGCUUUGCAGCACUUGAGGAGAUCGAGGUUCCCUGCAUAGGCUGCAGAAGACCUGCGAGCGGCGUUUCUGUGGACGAGAUAGACUUUUCUGGGUUAGAAGGAAGUAUCGAAGAUCUGAAAAGAGAGCUUGAGGAGAUCAACCAAAAGAUAAACAGCCGGGUGCCGCUAGCAAAGGCUGAAAGAGGCGGGGAUCUGGCCAGGUACAUGGAAAUCAAUGCAGAGUAUGAAAGGCGGAAGGCGAUUGCGAUUGCAGCCAAGAACGAGUUCAAUGAGGUGAAGAAGAGAAGAGCCCACAUGUUUAUGGAAUGCUUUGAAAAGGUCAACAAGGAGAUAUCAAGGAUAUACAAGUCUCUCACGAUGACGGAGACCGCAGAAGGAAAUGCAUACCUGGUUCUUGAGAAUACAUCGGAGCCGUUCAAAGAAGGCAUUAGGUUCCAUUUGAUGCCUCCGAACAAGAGGUUUCGGGAGGUCAGACUGCUCUCUGGCGGAGAGAAGACGAUGGCUGUUCUGUCUCUGCUCUUUUCGUUCCAUGCAUACAAACCUGCACCCUUCUAUAUGUUUGAUGAGGUGGACUCUGCUCUGGACAAGAUCAAUGCAUCGAGGAUUGUGUCCUUUAUAGUUUCAUCCAAUGCUCAAUUUAUCCUCAUUACCCUGAAGCCAGCCCUGUUCCAGCACAGUGACGGACUGGUCGGCGUGUAUAGGGAUCCCCAUGAAGGCGUCAGCAAAGUGCUCACCUAUAGGUUGAAUGACUGA